ACCGUUGCGGUCGUUUUGCUAUGAGCAGGGCCCGUUUCUAUGGGAGAAGACCUCAUCAUGUCAUUGAGGGAAAAUGCAUGGAUCCCAAACGGCUCGUGAGUCUGCUGCGGGACGAGUACGGACAGUCCAAUUUCCGCGUCGAGUUACGGCUGGACACGUAUAAGAUCUAUGUGUCGGACCAUACAACAGCCAAGUCCGCCGGACUAACCGAAGAACAAAUCAACAGCUGCCGGGUUUUCCUAUAAUAAUCGAUCCACCCUGACGACUUUACGACCUUUUCUUUCUGCUUUUCGUCCUUUCGAAAUCAUUCUGGCAAUG